ACUAGCCUCCUUUUCUUUCUCUUUCCCCUUGUUCGUGUUCUCUCUAAAAAAUCAGGGCGAAUGUAAGCAACGAUUUUUUUUUAUGCUAGAGUUUCUUUUGCUCGAUUUGAGUUUGGGACAAUGUAUGUGAUACAAAUCUUACACACAACGUUUCACCUAAAUUUCAAGUUUCAAUUAUAGGUAUACACUAAAAUAUUUCAAGAACUAGAAGCACCGUCGAGGAUAUGUUGAACCCUAUAUUCCUUCUCACCGUUUCCGCCUCUUCAAUUCCAACGAAUCCUUUUAAUAGCAACUAUAUCGACUUAGAUCCUUCACAUCCAUUCAUUUCUGAAAUCAAUUCCAAGCUGUCGUGUCCCUUCAUUAAAGAAGGCAAGUGACAAAUCUAAGAUUUUUUUUUUUUUUUCUUUCUUACCGAAUAAAAAUCUAUGCGAAUGUUUUUGUUAACAAGGAUAAAUAACAAAUCAUAUAUCUCUUUGAUCUCUCGAUUUACUAACCAUCGCGCCAUGACCAGUGUCCUCUCCUUCUCUAUAUUGGACACUCCUUCUCUAUAUUCAUAAGAAAAACCCUAGCUCUAUUAAUGAGAGGAAAGAAAAAGACGAACCCGGAUGAAAAUCCGGUGGCUGGAGGUUAGUUUUUCAUUCUGAUCUUUUGUUUUCUUCAUUAUUCUUGAUGUUUUACAAGUUAGUUUUGUAUUUUACAUAUGAUCUUUAUUGUAGAACCUGUACUUAUACUUACUGUCCAGUUUAUAGAUGCGUAGAAACCAUUUGAAUAAAUGCCUGAAAGAGAAUUAAAAAAAUAAAAAAUAAGAGUUUUCCGGUGGAAGCGCUGCUAUCAAGUGGUGAUGGUUUGAUUAUUCCAGUUCGUUAGGAUGCUACAUCAUGGAUAUACAGAUGCUUCUCAAAAGAAGUAACAUAGAUGCUCCUCUAAAGAAGUAAAGAUGAGAGGUCAAAGUGACUAUGAUUUUUAAUUAGGAUUGUCCUUAUCUGGUAUGUAUAGAUUAUUACUUUUCAUUUUUCUUCAUUCACGCAUUAGACAACUAAGUUCUUGUAACAUUCGGAUUCCCAGGUAUAAUAUUUUAUUCCUUUAUUAUUUUUGGAUGUUGAGAAAGGACUCGGCGAGUUGGUGUUUAAACUCGCCGAGUAUGGUCGCAAAUUCUUAUCCGAGUUCAUAGUUGGACUCGGCGAGUUCAUGAGUGGACUCGGCGAGUCUACGCUGUUUAAUGAAACCCUAAUUUCCUGGGUUUGGGACCUAUUUAAAGGCCCUUAGGGCCGUCAUUUGCGGCUACCAAACCCCAGAGAGAAACCCUAAGAGAUCUAGAGCGUUUGUGAGGAAGGAGAGGCCAUUUGUGAUCAUUUUGUUGGUGUAAUUGCAAGAAGGAGGAAACCAAGGCAAGAGGAGGCUGAAGGAGGUGUGAUUCUGGUGAUUUCAGAGCUCAUAGACUCCAUCUUGAGGUAUUUUUCGGACCUUCUUCAGAUUUGGUGUUGAUUCCUAGAGUUAGGGUUUUCUAACCCCUUUAGAGGAUGGAUUUGUGGAGCAAUUGGUCUCUUCUCGAGUUCAUGCUUUGGAUCUGGACUCAAAGAGGUCCAGAGACCUUAACCCUUGGGGCUUUUUGGAGUUAUUUUGGGAGUCAUGAACUUAGGAUGCUAUUUUGGGACUAAAUCACCAAGUAAGACCAUCUAGAUGCUAUUUGAGUGUCAAGGUCUGAACUUUACGUGAUUAUCAUGCUUGGGAAGGUCAGAUCUAUGGAUUAAUGGAACAGAUCUGACCUCAGGAGGUCUAUGGAGUUUGUGCAUGACAUGAACUCGCCGAGUCCAAAGAUUAGACUCGGCGAGUAGGGUUAGGGUUUCCCGUAAACCACUCAGUGGGUAGACUUGCCGAGUUGGGGAAAUAACUCAGUGAUUCAGAGGGGGAUUAGAGGGCUGGAGUUCAAGGCGGAACUUGCCGAGUUGUUCUUGAGACUCGGCGAGGUGAGUCGGGGUGGCCCCGCGAUUCAUGCCAGGGGUGACUCGUCGAGCAAGGGGAGGAACUCGACGUGCCAAGCAGGACUAAAGAAUUAGCGCACACGUGUAGACUCGCCGAGUCGCCCAAGUGCACUCGACGAGCCGGGUCAAAGUUUGACCGUUGACUUUUGUUGACUUUUAGGGUUUGGUCAACAAUGAAGCCUUUUAGCCAAGAGAGGGGUAAAAUGGUCUUUUACCCUUCUGAGGGUGUUAAGAAAGGUUUGAGUAUAGUUAUAUUUAUGAGAGUAUUUACUUUAUGGGAUUAGGCGGAGGCUAGAUCAUAUUUCUACCGAGUCAGAGACUUACCGAGACACCUAUGUGAGUCUUCUCACUAUACGUACCUAUAGUGGUAUUAUAUGUUGACCAGAGGGUCUUGUGUGGUAUUAUGUGCUAUGUGUUAUAUGUAUGUUGUAUGAUGUUAAAGACCGGACCGAAGGGUCCAACGAUACAGACCGGGCUGGAGGGCCCAACGAGCUAUGACCGGACCAGAGGGUCCAACGAGCUACGGGACUGGAGGGUCCCGCUGGGUCACAUCGAUCGGAGGGUCGUAUUUUAGCCUUGAGUGGCGUAUAUGUUGUAUGCGGUAUUUUGGGGAACCCACUAAGCAUUUAUGCUUACAGUUGCUGUGUUAUGUGUUUCAGGUACUAGCGAGGACCGUGGAAAGGUGCCGACGUGACUCGUACACACUAGAGAGAGAGAGAGUUUGAUUUAUGAUAUUGGGAUAUGUUAUGUUUCAAAAACUACUAUUGGAAAUAUUGAGAAUAUUUUAAUAUGAACUUGGUUGAUGAAAAAUGAAAAUUUUGUUUUGAAAAAUACGUUGUUUCAAGUUGGUAUCAGAGCCUUGGUUUAAGGGAUUCAGAUUCAUCUUCGGGCGUAUCUGAACACAAACUGAGGAUUUGAGGAAAAUUUUUGACAAUGAAGUAAAAUUUUUGAAAAGAGUAAAAAGAGUUUUGAGACAAACAGAGUAGAGCCGUGUGUACGAUCAGCCAGCGCCCGAACGGUGAAUCCCCAAAAGUACCCUUACAUUAUGUGUUAUGAGAUAUGCUAUGUUAUAUUAUGCAUGCUAGAGUAGGCUAGGUGUUCAUAUUAGGACUAGAGUGGCCUAAUUUGUGAUGCCUUAGCCUAGGAGAUUUCUGCUGCUGUGUUGCUUUGAGAGCGAGUAGAUAGCAGUUAGGAGCUCAUGAGAGUAGAGUACUUGUGAUCCAGGAUCCAAGGAGGAGGACUUGGGGCGAAUGCUGAUGUGGUGUGGUCAGUAGUAUAGGGCCCGUACUACUGAAGACACCAGAUCAGUGGGCAUUCCAUGUAAGAAUCCUUUAGACAAUGGAGGACGAGUAGGGUUGCGUCAUCGAGUAUGAGUAUGCUCGAUUGAGUCUCUAAUAUUUAUUGUUGUAUUUCAGAGGCAUCAUGGUCACACCUGGGAGCAGUGGUGUCAGCGACGAGGAGAUCCGUCGAUUGAUUCAUGAGGAGGUGGCUGCUGCCAUCCGGGCUGAGAUUCCAGAGAUGUUUGGGGACAUCAAGACCACACUGAUUGAGACCUUUGAUGAGCGAUAUGCAACACUGACUGAGGCUGCGGCAGCUGCAGCUAAGGCUGCUGUGGCUGCUGCCAGACCUCAGGGAGGUGACUCGUUGUUGUUUCGGGAGUUCAGCAACACGAAGCCACCAGAGUUCGAUGGGACGCAGGACCCGAUUGCUGCAAUGAGAUGGAUCUCUGACAUCGAGGGAUGUUUUUAUACAUGUUCUUUUUGUCCAGAGCACUUGAGGGUAUAGUUCGCUCUAAACCAGCUCCGUUUGGGAGCGAAAGAUUGGUGGAAGUUCGUGACGAUGAACUUCACGUUGGCAGAGAUUUCUGAAGUGAUCUGGGAGAGGUUCACCGCUAUGUUCAGAGACGAGUAUGUUCCCCCGGUGGAGAGGGAACUAUUGAUUCAGGAGUUCUUGAGCCUCAAGCAGGGUACUGAUUCUGUUGCAGUGAUCACCAGGAAGUUUCAUGAGAGGGCGAUUUUUUGCCCUGAGCAGGUGUCUUCUGAGCAGGCUCGUAUGAGCCGUUAUCUGAGUGUUCUGAGGAGGGAUUUUCAGGAGUUCGUGGCGAACUCGACUUAUCGGACAUUUGCUGAGCUCCAGGCAAAUGCCCGGAAGAGGGAGAUUGAGUUGGAGAUUCAGGCCAAGGAGGAGGCCAAGUCACAGAGGGUGGAUCGGCGACCGACUCAGUCUCAGCCGGAAGCCAAGCGGGCUAGACCCGCUGAUUCGAGAUCUGGGGGCGCGAAGAGCUGCACUUGUGGGAAGUGCGGCAAGAGUCACGAGGGGUCGUGCAGGGCUGGAGUAUGCUACAAGUGCGGGAAUGAGGGGCAUAUCGCGAGGGAUUGCCCCAAGGGAUUUUCGGUUUUCUUUCAUUGCAACCAGACCGGCCAUCAGAAGGCCGAGUGCCCUCAGCUAUUUCAGGGAUCAGCGCAGGGGUCUGCGCCUGCUGCUAGGGUUACCGAGGGUCGUCCAGUGAAGGCCGAGGCUCCAAAGGCUCGUAGGAGAGCUUUCCGGUUGACUGCGGAGGAGGUCCGCGCGGCGCCCGAUGCUGUGGAUGAUACUUUUCUUGUGAGUUAUGUGCCUGCUUUGGUAUUAUUUGACUCGGGUGCGAGUCGGUCGUUUGUUUCCAUAGCAUUUAGUCAACAUAUUAGUAUCCGUCGAGAGGCGUUGGAUCGACCUCUGCGAGUUUCCAUAGUUGAUGAGCGAGCAGUGUAUGCUGCAGAUGUGAUUCGAGGAUGUGUCAUUGAGAUCUUCGGUGUGGAGUUUCCGAUAGAUCUGGUUCCGAUUGCGAUGAGGGAUGUGUGUGUUAUAGUGGGUAUGGAUUGGUUGAGCCGAUAUGGAGCUGUGAUAGACUGCGAGCGGCAGUUGGUGACGAUACGAGAUCCUAGUGGGGGAGUACUUACAGUGUUCGGUGAGGGAACCCGAUGUGGAUCAGCGUUUUGUUCGGCCGCCAGGGCGAGACAGAGUUUACAACAAGGCUGCAGUGGAUUCGUAGCCUAUGUGUCAGACACACGAGUGGCCGUUGGGAGGCCAAGUUCGAUUGAUGAGGUUCCGAUAGUGUGCGAGUUUCCGGAUGUUUUUCCCGAGGAACUACCGGGUGUGCCUCCCGAGAGGCAAGUGGAGUUCCGUAUCGAUUUGAUUCCGGGAGCAGCUCCUAUCGCCAAAGCGCCUUAUCGCCUUGCGCCGCCAGAGAUGCAGGAGUUAUCCUCGCAGCUUCAGGAGCUAUUAGGAAAGGGGUUUAUUCGACCGAGUAGCUCACCUUGGGGAGUGCCGAUCCUUUUUGUCAAGAAGAAUGAUGGUUCACAUCGGAUGUGCAUUGACUAUCGGGAGUUGAACAAGCUAACGGUCAAGAACCGUUAUCCGUUGCCAAGGAUCGAUGAUUUGUUCAAUCAGUUGCAGGAAGCGUCUUGGUUCUCCAAGAUAGACUUGAGGUCGGGUUAUCAUCAGAUGGGGGUUCAGGAUGAAGAUAUCCAGAAGACAGCGUUCAGAACUCGAUAUGGGCAUUAUGAGUUCGUGGUGAUGCCUUUUGGGCUCACCAAUGCGCCCGCUGCGUUUAUGGAUCUCAUGAACAGGGUGUGCAGGCCGAUGCUGGAUCGGUCGGUGAUCGUAUUCAUUGAUGAUAUCUUGGUGUAUUCGAGGUCUAGAGAACAGCACGAGGAGCAUUUAAGGGAGAUCUUUGGAAUUCUGAGAUCGGAGAGGCUUUAUGCCAAGUUCUCCAAAUGUGAGUUCUGGUUACGCGAUGUUUAGUUUUUGGGGCAUCUCGUCAACCACAAUGGGAUAUUGGUCGAUCCGGCCAAGAUUGAGGCGGUCAUGAGGUGGGAGGUGCCGAGAUCACCCACCGAGACCAGGAGCUUUCUGGGUUUCACCGACUAUUAUCGGAGAUUUAUUAAGGAUUUCUCCUAGAUCGUCGUGCCACUCACCAAGUUGACCCGGAAGGGUGAUGCAUCGAUAUCCGGAUUGGGAGCGGUGCUUAUGCAGAGGGGGCAUGUGAUAACAUAUGCAUCGAGGCAACUUAAGCCUUAUGAGUCGUGGUAUCCCACUCAUGAUCUGGAAUUGGGAGCGGUAGUGUUCGCCCUCAAGAUCUGGCGACACUAUCUGUAUGGGGUUUGGUGUACGAUAUACACGGACCACAAGAGCUUGAAGUAUUUGAUGGACCAGCCCAACCUAAAUAUGUGCCAGAGGAGGUGGUUGGAUGUGGUCAAGGAUUAUGAUUGUGAGAUCCUGUACCACCCGGACAAGGCUAAUGUUGUAGCCGAUGCGCUGAUCCGUAGGGCGGAGGGCGUCCCGAUGCGAGGUAUUUGCUUGAGAUUGACAGUGAUGACCCCGAUGUUGGACGCUAUUCGUGGGGCCCAGGCUGAGGUCGUGAGGCCAAAAAGCCAAAAGAGAGAGCGAGUUGUCGGGCUGGUAUCGGAAUUCGUUACCGAUAGCCGGGGGCUCAUGACAUUUCAGGGUCGGAUUUGGGUACCGUCUGUGGGCGGGACGCGUACCAUUUUGAUGGAAGAGGCUCAUCGAUCGAAGUUCUCGAUCCAUCCCGGGGCCACUAAGAUGUAUUUGGACCUGAAAAGGGAGUAUUGGUGGCCCUGUAUGAAGAGGGAUGUCGCAUGGUUUGUAGAGAGAUGCUUGACUUGUCUCAGGGUUGAGGCCGAGCAUCAGCGUCCACAUGGUAAGCUGCAGCCGUUAGAGAUUCCCGAGUGGAAAUGAGAACAGAUUAUCAUGGAUUUCAUCACCAAAUUGCCAAGGACUGCGAAAGGUGUCGAUGCAAUUUGGUUGAUUGUGGACAAGUUGACAAAGAGCGCUCAUUUCCUUGCUAUCACUGAGAGUUCUUCCGCGGAGAGGUUGGCAGAGAUGUAUGUGAGAGAGGUGGUAUCGCGGCAUGGAGUGCCGAUGUCGAUUGUCUCAGAUCGAGAUGUACGUUUCACUUCCAGAUUAUGGAAGAAGUUUCAUGAGGAAUUGGGUACGAGACUGCAUUUUAGUACCGCAUACCACCCACAGACUGACGGGCAGAGUGAGCGGACGAUUCAGACGCUUGAGGACAUGCUCCGAGCAUGUGUGUUGGAUUUCGGCGGGAGUUGGGACACGUACUUGCCCUUGGAAGAGUUUUCCUACAACAACAACCAUCAUUCGAUCAUUGGUAUGCCACCCUUUGAGCUGUUGUAUGUGAGGAGGUGUCGGACCCCAUUUGCGGGGGAGAAGUGGGGCAGCAUGUGAUGGGUAGUACCAAGAUCGUGCUUCAGACGACAGAGCAGAUUCAGCAGGUCAGGCAGAGGUUGUUGACCGCUCAGAGUCGUCAGAAGAGUUAUGUGGACAGACGCCGGUCCGAGCUCGAGUUUCAGGUCGGCGACUUCGUACUCCUAAAGGUCUCUCUUUGGAAAUGAGUGAUUCGAUUCAGGAAGAGGGGCAAGUUGGGGCCCUGAUAUAUUGGUCCUUUCAGGGUGAUCGCGAGGGUAGGCUGGGUAGCCUACCGUUCGGAGUUACCUGCAGAGUUGGGUUAGAUUCAUGACACUUUCCACGUGAUGCAGCUGUGAAAGUGUAAAGCCGACGAGUCGGCGGUGGUGCCAUUAGAAGAUAUUCAGAUGGAUGCAAGCCUGAAUUAUGUUGAGAGACUAGUGGCAAUUAGGGAUCAGAAGAUCAAGGUUUUGAGGAACAACGAGGUGCCUCUGGUGCAGGUCCAGUGGCAGCAUCGGAAAGGGUCAGAGUUGACUUGGGAGCCGGAGCGUGAGAUUCGGGAGCAGCAUCCAGAGUUGUUUGCAGAGUAGGACUUCGAGGGCGAAGUCUAAUUCUAGCGGGGGAGAAUUGUAACAUUCGGAUUCCCAGGUAUAAUAUUUUAUUCCAUUAUUAUUUUUGGAUGUUGAGAAAGGACUCGGCGAGUUGGUGUUUAAACUCGCCGAGUAUGGUCGCAAAUUCUUAUCCGAGUUCAUAGUUGGACUCGGCGAGUUCAUGAGUGGACUCGGCGAGUCUACGCUGUUUAAUGAAACCCUAAUUUCCUGGGUUUGGGACCUAUUUAAAGGCCCUUAGGGCCGUCAUUUGCGGCUACCAAACCCCAGAGAGAAACCCUAAGAGAUCUAGAGCGUUUGUGAGGAAGGAGAGGCUAUUUGUGAUCAUUUUGUUGGUGUAAUUGCAAGAAGGAGGAAACCAAGGCAAGAGGAGGCUGAAGGAGGUGUGAUUCUGGUGAUUUCAGAGCUCAUAGACUCCAUCUUGAGGUACUACCGAGGACCGUGGAAAGACGCCGGCGUGACUCGUAUACACUAGAGAGAGAGAGAGAGUUUGAUUUAUGAUCUUGGGAUAUGUUAUGUUUCAAAAACUACUGUUGGAAAUAUUGAGAAUAUUUUUAUAUGACCUUGGUUGAUGAAAAAUGAAAAUUUUGUUUUGAAAA